AGUAGGCGUGCAUUUCAGGAAUACUAAUGAAUUUUUAGUGUUCGCCGACAUACUGUGGAUGGUCACAUCCUGAGCUCUGAGUCUCCUUUCCCGAUGUCGCAGGAGCUUGGUUGUGGAUAGUGGGCCUGUCUCGCUCUCGGCGGUUCCUGAACCCCGGAAAUGAUGAUCGCAACGAGAUUCGGGUCGACUGAGUCGCUGACUGGUCUCAAACCAUGUGGGAUAUAGUGUCAUGGACUUAAGGUCGGUAUAUGAACUUCGCGAAGACCUUCGUCGAAGAGCCUAGGAAUUGAAGCAAAUGAAUAUCCUCAUCGAUCGACACCGUCCCAUUGUCGUAGCGAAGGCCAGCCAGCGGUGCUCCAUGAAUUGCGCGUCCGAUUGACGAUGGGCCUGGCGAUCGUCUCCAGCCAGGGCGGUAUGAGCGAUUCUGCCCGCGGCAUCUUCAGUUUCACCCUCAUCCUGACAGAACGAUCUUCAUUCAUUUUUGAUCCGAGAUCGCUAGACUGCUUCGCCCUCUGGGUUAUUAUUCUUUUCUGGUUUCCCUUUGCUCUUUGCGGACGCGAGUUAUUCUGUUGAUCGGUGUACCGUCCUAACUUCCACUUUACCUUCGUUCUUUGUUCCUGUAUCUACUCCAGUUUAAUAUACCCCGGUCUUUCACUAUUUCUCCCACUCCUUUUCUUACUUGAUAUACAACGUAUAUACGCUUUCAUGAUUGAAUAGAUAACCUCGGACAUUACGAGAUGGCCCGCCGCUUUCUCUCUGUCUGCAGCACCCUGCUGCUAUCCGCCCAAACCCUCGCUGACGACACAUGGCCAUUUAUGACCCUACAAACCGCGCCGUUUCUCCCACCUCAAGUCUCAGUAACGAAGAGCGGACCCACGGAUCCCGGAUAUAUUUUUGUUGGUCCGCGAGGGAAUCAAGAACAGGGCAUUGCCGCGCUUAUAUAUGACGAAGAAGCCAACUUGGUUUAUCAGGGACCGCAAGAAGUGACGGCAAAUUUCAAGGUACAGAAGCUCUUCAACGAAGAUGUAAUAACCUUCUGGGCUGGAGAUAUGACGACCCUGGGCUUCGGGUAUGGCGCCGUGCAUAUACUGGACAAUACCUACCGCGAAAUAUAUACGGUCAAACUCCAGCAGGACUUUGUUUCCCCGGAUAAUCAGCCAAGGGACUCGUUCAUCGAUCUUCAUGAGAGUCGCGUGACAAAUCGCAACACUCUUCUAGUGACGGCGUAUAACGUGACCCAGCGCGAUUUGACGCCAAUUGGCGGGCGUCCGGAUGACUUUAUGCUUGAUGCGAUGUUCUUCGAGAUCGACAUCGCAACCAACGAGAUUGUAUACUCUUGGAGCGCUCUCGAUCACCUUGAUAAAAUCCCUCUUGAAGAAUCAAAACAACACUGGGCCGAGGAUGUUGGCGCUCAAGAGAAACCUUAUGAUGCCUACCAUAUUAACUCGGUGGAACAUAUGGAUGACGGAUACAUAAUAUCCCUCCGGCAUUAUUGGUCUGGCUAUUUCGUUCACAACAAUGGUUCCGUUCUCUGGCAACUGAGUGGCGAGAAAGGUGCUGGUGAUUUUGCGAUCGAUGACCUUGCGGAGUUCUCCUGGCAGCAUGAUAUCCGCAUAUAUAACGAGACCGAUGAAAGCUUCGUGAUGAACUUAUUCAACAACGCGAAUACUCCCACAGACGAGGUGGCGGCAACGACAGGGCUAAGCUUUGAAGUUGAUAAGAUCAACCAGAGUGUUAAAACGCUGCGAGUUCUCAACGACACCGACGAUGUAAUUCAUAGUGUUAGCCAAGGGAGCUAUCAACUCCUUAGCGAAGAGACGUCGCAUGUCGUCUUGGGCUACGGCUCUAUCGCUCGCGUCAAAGAAUUCGACGCUAACAACAACGAGGUCCUCACAGUAAAAUUCGGCGACGACAACGCCGUCGCGUCAUACCGUGGCUACAAGUGCCAAUGGAAGGCUACCCCCUUCUGGAAGCCCGCCCUUAUUGUGCAACGUACGGGCCCAGACUCUAUCCGGAUCUACAUGAGCUGGAACGGAGCUACGGAGUACGACAACUGGGCCAUCUACUCCUCACAGUAUUCCGACGGGUCUGACCAUACAUUUGAAGCUCUUGUGCAGCGGAACGGCUUCGAAGCUACCAUUGAGCUACACGGGCUACCUAGCGGGUUCCUACAAGUAGUCGCUCGAAAGGGUGAUAUACCUUUAGGGACAUCAGAUGUUGCGCCACUUUAAAUCGGAAGGAAAAGUCGCCGGUUGUGCCUUUCCCAAGUUAUUACCAUGUGGUACGGGCAACAGGUACCUCUGGAGGGAUCCGUCCGAACCGUCGGCCUGUGAGCUGUACAUUAUAGACUUCUUUCUUGUCUAACGCGAAGGAUCCUGGAGAUAGAUACGUUGAUUAGAUAUGAGAAUAGAUUGCGCUUGUUGACAUCACUUAGUUCUCAGAGGCCGGGUUAGCCGAUGUGUCCGAGACUAGGUCCCGCCAGGCCGCCAUUGCUCAUCGACUGGGGCCAUGUCGCGAC